ACAGCGACUUGGUUGUGCUGUCACACAGUACAUACCUGCAUUCGAUGCAUUCAUGACAGUGCAUACGAUGGGAUAUGCGGAGCGCAUGAGUGGAAGAACACGUUCGGUUUUCCGUCGAAGAGAAUAAGAUCAGAACUGAUUUACACCACCGAUGAAGCCGAACGAUAAAAAAUCGUUAGCUUCGAUGGACUUGGCUUCGAUUAUACACCGUAAUCAACGGUAAUCAGAAAUAUACACUAUGAAGAAAUAGAUUGGCAACAAUUAUGAGGCAGAUAAAUUCUUGGAUCCUAUGGAAGUUCUACAUUUAUAAAAUUAAAUUGUCAUGCAAUAGUUUGGGAAAUAUUUCAGGAAUGAUCUUAAGGAAAUAUUUGAGAAUGUUUGGUAGAGAGUUAAGACUAAGUCAAUAUAAGAAUUGUCUUAAGGAUUAGAUAUUCUUGAUGUUCAUAUAUGUACGAGGAUUAGAUAUUCUUGAUGUUCAUAUAUGUAAUAGUAUGUAAACAGCAUUUGAAAAACAUGGUAACCACCAAGAACCCGACCGGCCGAUCAUCUAGCUGUUUACGCAAGUAUCGGCUACUUUUCACAUUCGGCGUAACUGUACUGUGUGUACAAAUUUAUCUAGCGCAUACAUUUUUCGGUCUGGACAAUGGCAGAGAUAAAUCUAGCCGGCUAUCAUCCGGAGAGACUGGUUCAUCUCAACCUGAAGAGGGCGAAGGUUUACCGAAAGGCUUACGUCAAUUGAAGCUUCCACCUGACAAACAAAUAAAUAUAAAUAAGCAAACUUUGCAAUCUCAACGAAAUCGCACCGCCAGAAUCAAGCUAGAUCGUAAAUCACUAAACUUUAUACCUAUGUGCGAAGUUACAGGUAGAGAAGCAGUGAGUGCCGUAACGCGUGCUCAGAGUCAAGCAUGCAAGCAACGCAUUGUCAAUGUGACGUGCCUUAGCCAGCAGGGUUUACUAUACCCGGAAAGAGUACAAUCUUUGUGUCCUCAUUCUCCAGGUUUUACAGGCAUGCCGACCAGCUUAGGCUGUUUCAAAGAUGAUAAGACUUUGAGAAUACUUUCUGGUUAUUACCACAUUUUCAAAGGGAACAAUUCUCCGGAGCAUUGCGCUUACAUGUGUCUUCAGUCGGGAUAUCCAUAUUCUGGUACAGAGUACUCUGUGGAAUGCUUCUGUGGGAUGGAGGAACCAUCGUUUACGAAACGUUUACCAGAUUCUAGUUGCAAUAUGAAAUGUUCCGGCAAUCCGAAACAGUCAUGCGGUGGCUAUUUAACUAUCAAUAUAUAUUGGACUGGAAUUCAAAAAUUUAAACCCCAAGAGGCGAAAAACUCAAGUUUAAAGAAUGAAUCUGAACAGCCUGCGCGAAUAGCCUAUCUACUAACAGUGAAUGGCAGGGCAAGCCGACAAGUGAAGCGGCUUAUAAAUAUUUUGUAUCAUCCGUCACAUUUAUUUUAUAUCCACGUUGAUGCAAGGCAGGAUUAUUUAUACCGUGAAAUAUUGGAGGUAGAAAAAUCAUGUAAAUUGAAUAAUAUCAAAGUAGCGAGAGGAGAAGGCUUGAGACAUGCAAGUAUCUGGGGCGGUGCGAGCCUCUUGACAACUCUUUUAAAGUCUGCGCAACAGAUGCUUGCUCAUCAUCAUCAUUGGGAUUUUCUCGUGAAUCUAUCGGAAUCCGAUUUCCCAGUGAAAAGCAACAAUCAAUUGAUUGAAUUUUUAAGCUGGAAUAAAGGCAUGAACUUCGUGAAAUCUCAUGGAAGAGAAGUUCAACGUUUCAUAACGAAGCAAGGUUUAGAUAAAACAUUCGUCGAAUGUGAGGCACGCAUGUGGAGAGUCGGCGAUCGAAAAUUACCGGAUGGUAUUCAAGUUGAUGGUGGUAGCGAUUGGAUUGCACUAAGUCGGGACUUUGUCGAGUACGUUGCCAAUCCGAAUCCUGAUCUACUAGUAGCCAGUCUGCUAAAACUGUUUAAAUACACUUUGCUGCCAGCUGAAUCGUUCUUUCACACUGUUUUGAGAAAUUCGAGAUUCUGCAGUACCUAUAUAGACAAUAACUUGCAUGUAACUAACUGGAAGAGGAAAUUAGGAUGCAAGUGCCAAUAUAAAGCGGUAGUGGACUGGUGUGGAUGCAGCCCGAACGAUUUCAAACUUGAGGAUUUUAAUCGGAUACGAAACACAGCAGAUCGUAAUUUAUUUUUCGCCCGGAAGUUUGAACCCAUCAUCGAUCAAAGAAUUGUGAAUAAAGUAGAGGAAUGGCUGUAUCCCGAUAGAACAAACAGAACGAUUAAAGCCGGAGGCUAUGACAUGUAUUGGCAAAGUCUCUAUCAUCAUGCAGACUUGAGUCCGCAUCCUGAUGAUGCAUUAUUGACGCUUUCCUAUUCCUUGGCAAGGCUAGUUUUUCAGAAACUGAAGAUGAACUAUAAAGAUAUCUACUUGUUAGAGAACACCGCAUACUUCCGAGAAGAUCGAUUCACUGGUAUUCUGAUUCUCGCAGAGAAUAAUGAUAAAUCCUUCAGUACAUCUGUAUUAUCCAGUGAUCAUGUGAAACGCGUAGAAGCUUUGGUUCAUACGCGACAUAACUUCUCUACGAAUAGAUAUUGGCUGGGAAAGAUACGAAGUCUCGCUGUUAGUACAGAUUACGAUCAAAAAGAGCAGACAUUCAGAAAUUUAGUAGGUAGUAUAGGCCCGUACUCAAAUCCAGUGUUGGCUUAUGAAUUCGAUACAGGUAUUACAGUACCACAAAACAUAUCAGUCCUAUGGAUUGAUCCACAGGGCCGUUUGGCCGAUAUUAAUCAUAUUCUGCUUGAAGAAAUGACUCUGGUGGGACAUGUUAAACCUCAACUAAAUGACCAGUUAACUAUUGGCACUUGGCAGCUAUUGUUGGUUACUGACACCCUGCUGGUGACGAAAUUGAAUUUUCUAGUGACUCCAUUGUCCUAUUGGAAAACCAAAAAGAUCGAUCCGAAAAAGGCCAAGGAGAUAAUAAAUGGUCCGAACAUCGUUUACCAUGUUACAGAGGAAAUGAAUAAGAAAUGGUCGAGCUUAGUGAGAUAUGCGAUGUUGAACAAGCAGAGCGUGCACGAUCAGAAUAGGAUUAUUGAUGCCGGCAACGGCAUCGAUGAUUACAUAGACAAAUUAGUAUACGAGCACUAUGACAUUGUCGAAAUAUGCGACGCCGACGACGAGAGUCGAACCAAAACGAAGCUACAAAAGUGUACCAAGAUACAUUGGAGCUCUUUGAGCCCUGAUUCAAAGGCUGAAACUCGUAACCUAUGUCAAAACUACUAAUUAAUUACUUUACCAACUACGUGCCAUUUUCGCCGUUUUAAAAUUUAUUCUACGUGUAUAAAGAUUACAAACGUCUUUAGAUAUUUUUAUAUUGACUAAACU